AUGCAACUAAAGACCUGUGGGCUUCUGGCCCUCGGCGCCAUCGCAUCUUCUGUUGAUGCGUUCAGAAACACCUCUCCCUUCUUCCUCUUCUCGACCAACAGCUUCGAAACACAAUCCUCCCAACUGCAAUCCGCGAGCUCUCUCCUCUCUACGGUCUCGUCAGACCUCUCCUCGUGUCCAUCAGAUUUCUACAUCCUCGUCUCUCAGCCCGGUGUGCAUGUGCUAGACUUCAGUGACCGGAGAUCAGCACCGCGACUACGAGAGCGAGUCCUGAAACAGGACGGUGUCAUCAAGUCGAGCUUCACAGUCAGCGAAGUAGUGGGGGAGUUUGAUGCUGAUUCACUGCAGAAGCAGCUGGAGAAUACGUGUAAGGCGGAGACGGUUGUGGUGAACGGCGAUGAUGGCUUCCUUGCAACGCUGAUUGACCUCCUCCCAUCAUCCAACUAUACCGUCCUCUACACCACUACUCCACGAGGGACAGAGCCAAUUGCUGAAGUGGACAUUGGCCACUUCGAGAUGGGCGCCAACCCACUUCAGGACCCCCUUACCUUCAAAAGGGAGUUCCAGAGCCACCCCUCGCGUGAUGAUAAACCAAAGAAGAGGAACAAAAGUUCUUUAUUCUCCGAGUACCAGUUCCUAAGCCCUGGUCUUUUCAUGGGCUUGAUCACCACUGCCAUCCUAGGCACCAUACUCUACGUUGGUCUCUCUGCUCUGACCAGUUUACAGGUCUCGUAUGCGUCUUUUGAUAAGGAGAACGGCCCUGCUGGAGCUGCGGGCAAAAAGCAGCAAUAA